CAUUCCUCCACUGCGCUGGGAGAAGAAGUAGACAGCGGCGGCACCCGGAAGCGGAUGCAUCGCUAAAUGCCGGAUAAUUUACUUUGUUAUGGAGGAUUUUACGUUAAAAUUUUAUGUAAAGGUUUGAAUAAGUAUUUAAAAAAAGGACGAUACAUUUAGUUUUAACAGGUGCCAGAGGCUUUAUAGACAUGGUGGGCUAUGACCCCAGGGCACAGGGGGCGCCCCUCACUGCAGAGGAAGCAGCCCUGGCUGGCUCAGCAGCCGGGAUGGUCACCCGGGCCCUCAUCAACCCCCUCGAUGUCAUCAAGAUACGAUUUCAGCUGCAGAUCGAGAGUCUGUCCACUGCCGGGCUAACAGGAAAGUACAGCGGAUUAUUUCAGGCCUCGCGUUGCAUUCACGCGGAGGAAGGCCUCUCAGCUUUCUGGAAGGGCCACGUCCCCGCACAGCUUCUUUCGAUUUGCUACGGAGCAGUCCAGUUUGCCAGCUUUGAGUGUCUGACAAGGGUGGUCCAUGACAUGACGCCCUUUGACAGCCGGACGUCCGGAGUGCACUUCAUGUGCGGAGGCUUGGCCGCCUGCUCGGCUACCGUGGUGUGUCAGCCUCUGGACACCCUGCGCACACGCUUCGCAGCUCAGGGCGAACCCAAGGUGUACAAGACGCUGACACACGCCGUGUGGACAAUGUGGCGCACAGAAGGAGUGCUGACGUUCUACCGCGGCCUCGCUCCCACGCUCAUCGCCGUCUUUCCUUACGCCGGCCUGCAGUUCUUCUUCUACAACGUCUUUAAAAGGCUUUUGACUCCGCCCCCCUUUGCUGGGCAAUCAGGAGAAAACAUCAGGAGUCUGAUCUGUGGCAGUGGAGCAGGAGUCAUUAGCAAAACGCUCACGUAUCCUUUUGACCUCUUUAAGAAAAGACUCCAGGUUGGAGGUUUUGAGGAGGCCAGAGUACAUUUUGGACAGGUGCGGCGUUACCGGGGCCUGGCGGACUGUGUGGUCCGCAUUGCCAAAGAAGAGGGCGUUCGAGGCUUCUCUAAAGGCCUCUCUCCCAGCCUGGUGAAGUCGGCGCUGUCAACGGGUUUGACUUUUUUUUGGUACGAGUUUUUCCUCAACGCACUACGUGACCUCAAGGAGAGCCGAGGAGUGAAGGGCAAAAGAUAACAACGGGACACAAAGGACAAAGGUGCUUUGUAUAGAGUUUACAUGCAAGUCAUAUGCUUUUGUGUCUUUUUACGUACAUGUAAACAUUAUUAUAUUAUACUAAAAGUUAUCAUGUCUUUUUUUUUUAAGAAUAUCAUCUGGUUGUUUUGAUAUUGAACGGAAAAAGUUAAUCGUGUUUAUGUAAUCAAAUCGUACAUGUGUGGAUUCAAGUACAAUAUAAAGUGUACUAUGUACAAACCCCGUUUCCAUAUGAGUUGGGAAAUUGUGUUAGAUGUAAAUAUAAAUGUAAUACAAUGAUUUGCAAAUUAUUUUCAACCCAUAUUCAGUUGAAUAUGCUACAAAGACAACAUAUUUGAUGUUAAAACUCAAACUUUAUUUUUUUUGCAAAUAAUAAUUAACUUAGAAUUUCAUGGCUGCAACACAUGCCAAAGUAGUUGGGAAAGGGCAUGUUCACCACUGUGUUACAUCACCUUUUCUUUCAACAACACUCAAACGUUAGGGAACUGAGGAAACUAAUUGUUGAAGCUUUGAAAGUGGAAUUCUUUACCAUUCUUGUUUUAUGUAGAGCUUCAGUCGUUCAACAGUCCGGGGUCUCCGCUGUUGUAUUUUACGUGUCAUAGUGCGCCACACAUUUUCCAUGGGAGACAGGUUUAGACUGCAGGCGGGCCAGGGAAGUAACUACAGUCUUUUACUACGAAACCACACUGUUGUAACACGUGGCUUGGCAUUGUCUUGCUAAAAUAAGCAGGGGCGUCCAUGAUAACGUUGCUUGGAUUGCAACAUAUGUUGCUCCAAAACCUGUAUGGACCAUUCAGCAUUGAUGGUGCCUUCACAGAUGUGUAAGUUACCCAUGUCUUGGGCACUAAUACACCCCCAUCCCAUCACAGAUGCUGGCUUUUGAAAUUUGCGCCUAUAACAAUCCGGAUGGUUUUUUUCCUAUUUGUUCCAGAGGACACCACGUCCACAGUUUCCAAAUAUAAUUUGAAAUGUGGACUCCUCAGACCACAGAACACUUUUCCACUUUGAAUCACUCCAUCUUAGAUGAGCUCGGGCCCAGCCAAGCCGGCGGCGUUCCUGGGUGUUGUUGAUAAAUGGCUUUCUCUUUUUAUAGUAGAGUUUUAACUUGCACUUACAGAUGUAGCGACCAACUGUAGUUACUGGCAGUGGUUUUCUGAAGUGUUCCUGAGUUCAUGUGGUGAUAUCCUUUACACACUGAUGUCUGUUUUUGAUGCAAUACUGCCUGGAGGGUCAAAGGUUUGUAAUAUAAUCGCUUACGUGCAGUGAUUUCUCCAGAUUCUCCGAACCUUUUGAUGAUUUUACGGACCGUAGAUGGUAAAAUCCCUAAAUUCCUUGCAAUAGCUGGUUGAGAAAUGUUGUUCUAAAACUGUUCGACAAUUUGCUUACAAAUUGGUGACCCUCGCUCCAUCUUUGUUUGUGAAUUACCUAGCAUUUCAUGGAAGCUGUUUUUAUACCCAAUCAUGGCACCCACCUGUUCCCAAUUAGCCUGCACACCUGUGGGAUGUUCCAAAUAAGUGUUUGAUGAGCGUUCCUCAACUUUAUCAGUAUUUAUUGCCACCUUUCCCAACUUCUUUGUCACAUGUUGCUAGCAUCAAAUUCUAAGGUUUAUGAUUAUUUGCACACACACACAAAAAAAGUUUAUGAGUUUGAACAUCAAAUAUGUUGUGUUUGUAUUAUAUUCAACUGAAUAUGGGUUGAAAUGAUUUGCAAAUCAUUGUAUUCCGUUUAUAUUUACAUCUAACACAAUUUCCCAACUCAUGGAAACGGGGUUUGUAUAAGGAGGUGUGUUGACAUGGAAUUUUGUCAUUAAAGUUUACAGCUGCUAUUUAAA